GUGGCUAACCUUAAAGACGGAUUUGCUACAUAAAUAUUUAUUGACAAGUAAGGCCAUUAUAUUUUGAGGGGUUAUAUUUUUAUUAACGCAUGUAAGGGAGCGUCACCUCUUUUGAGUACAUAUUCAGUUUGUCUACGUGAUCAUUUGAUUAUGUUUACGACCAUGUGGCGUUUAUUCGUAUGUUGUUUUGUUCUUUAAACAUCACCAAUGGCAAGCAAAGUUUUGUUUGAUUUGAAUUAUUUUAUUGCCAUUUUUUUGGUUAUUCUUAAUCCAACAGCUGUAAGUUCUGGUUCUAAUAAAGUGAAAAAUAAUGUAGAUUCUAACGUAAAAGAUCCUAUCAAAGAUUAUAUUCUUUGUCGAUUUUGUGGGGCAGAUCUUGCAGAUCCAAGGAAAAUAAUAAAUCAUUUGAGUCCUGCAGCUAUUGUUCUGACCAACCAAACACUUUUUGAACAGAAAGGCGUGGAGGUACAACUAUUGAAAAACCCAGUAGGCAUCCAGUUUUACUCUAUAACUUUGUUAAAUACAAAGUGUGCAGCUGUUAACAAUUGGCAGUACGACUUUAGUUGGUACCCUGGAUUCGCUUGGAAACCAUGUAUUUGUGAACAGUGUAGAACUCAUCAUGGAUGGUAUUUUGAACCGAAAGAUGCUGCAAGUUUAAAUUUUAAUUUUCCCUCAGGUCAAGGAUUUUAUGUGUUAAAGCUGAAUAAUUUACAAAGUGAAAAUUUUGCUAAUUCUCUGAUUGUUACACCAAAGUCAUAUUUAAAUUGAUUACAAUGGAACUAUCCAAAGAACAGAUUGAAUUUCUUGAAAAAUGUGAAGAAGAAUUUAAAGAUCGUUACACAGAUAAAGAUGAAGAAUUUAUGAAAAUUAAAAUAGCGGAUGUUGCAAAACCCCCAAUC